AUGUGUGCAAUUUUGCGUGUGAUCCAUCCGAUCGGUUGGGAUUCGUUCGGAUUGCCGGCCGAAAAUGCGGCGAGAAAUCAGGGUGUCGAUCCGGGCGACUGGACGCGGCGGAAUAUCGAAGCGAUGAGGGAGCAACUCAAAAAAACGAGAAUCCUGUUCGAUUGGAAUCGCGAGAUUUCGACGUGUGAACCCGAAUUCUUCAAAUGGACCCAAUGGAUUUUUUGUCGAUUAUUCGAGAAGGGCUUGGUGAAACGAUGUACCGCCGAGGUGAAUUGGGACCCGGUAGAUCAAACCGUUCUCGCCGCCGAACAAAUCGACAGCGAGGGACGCAGUUGGCGAAGUGGGGCGAGAGCCGAGAAGAAGAAGCUGAGGCAGUGGAUGGUGGAGACGCCGAAGUACGCCAAGCGAUUGCAGCAGGGUCUCGCGGCGAUGUCGACGCAAUGGGGCGAAGUUGCCGACAUCCAAUCGAAUUGGAUUGGCAAAUGCGACGCGUUUCGAUUCAUCUUGCCGGUUCGGAAAUGCGACGGCGAUCGCUCGUUGAUCGAUGAGACGCUGGAUUUGAGGAUUCUCAACAUUUUCGACAUUGCCAAUUCGAAUUUCGUCGUUCUGCGCAAAAACCAUCCGCUGGCCGACAAGAGCGCACGCGAGUUUCCGUACAAACUCGACUACGAGGUUUUGAACGGUGUGACGGGCCGCUAUAUGGAUGUGAUCGUCGUCGAUGAUUCGUACGAUUCCGACGCGGUGUUCAAUCUCGACGCGAGACUCGGCGACGCGCGAUCGGAUGCGCCUUUAAUGUCGCAAUUCGGCAUCGAGGUCUCGAAGCGAAAACUCGAUUUGAAUCGAAACGACAUCACCGAAAUCGCGGCGUUCGGCGGCUACGGUGGCUACGAGACGUCGCGCCAUCUGACCGAUUGGGUGGUGAGCCGACAACGCGGCUGGGGCACGCCGAUACCGAUGGUACUGCAGAUCGAUGGUCCCGACGCGAUUGCGGUGCGCGACGACGAGUUGCCGGUGAUGUCGACGAUGCGAGGCAAAACCGUCGAAUGCGCGGCACUCGGCGGAAUCGGAAUCAUCGACAACGACACGCUCGACACGUUUUUCGACUCGUCCUGGUAUUAUUUGCGGUAUUUGGACAAAUUCAACGAGACAUCGAUAAUUUCGCGAGAAAACGCCCGAAAAAUGCCGGUCGACGUUUAUGUUGGCGGAAUUGAGCACGCGGCGGUUCACAUGUUUUUCGCGCGAUUCGUCGCCUAUUUCCUUCACGACAUCGGCGUUUUGCCGAUCGUCGAACCAUUCACCGACGUGAUUCCGCAGGGAAUCGUGCGCGGCCGAACGUUUGUCGAGAACUCGAGCGGACGAUACGUGUCGCCGGAUGAAAUUGUGCGAAAUGGUGAGUCUUUUUGCAACGAAUGGGUUUUGAAAACCGACAAUUCGUCAAAAAUCGAUGCGGUCUUCGAGAAAAUGAGCAAAUCGAAGAAUAAUGGCGUCGAUUUGGCGGCGAUUCUGGACGUCGAUGGUGUCGACAUGACGAGAAUGCGAUUGUUGGAAUCGGCGGCACCGCGAGCGCCGAUCAAUUGGGGUGAAACCGACAUGAAAGGAACGAAAAAAUGGCUGGAUCGAAUCGGCUCGAUUGUGCAGAACGUGCGAAAAGUGACGAAUUGCUCAAAAAUCGAUGACGGCAAAGAGAUGCUCAUUCGCGAAUCGUACAAUUUCUUCGUUCGAAACGUCGGAAUGUGUUUGGAGGUGCUCCAUUUGCACAACACGGCGAUCAUGAGGCUCCAGGGAUUCACGAAUGUGAUUCGAAAAAUCCCACCGGAAUAUUUGGCCGGCAGUCCGGAAGGCAUGAGAGCCCUCAAAUCGCUUAUUAUCAUGCUUCAAGUCUUCACGCCGCACGUCGCCGCCGAAUUAUGGGACCAUCUCGACGGAUCGCAAUCAACAAUAAUGGCCCAAAAGUGGCCGCAAGUCGAUGAGGACGCCGAAAUCGACUUCCUCCUCAUGAUCGAUGGCGUCAGUUGCGGUCGUCCAACCGUCGAUCGUCGCAAAAUCGAGAAUCUGAAUUUCGACGAGCUCCAGGAGCGCUCGCGUCGCGUCGAACACUCGCAAUUCCGCGCAAUGCUCGACAUGUCGCGUGUGGCGCUGAAAUUCAACGAGGUCUCGCGACGCGCCGGAUUCCACGUCACACUUCACGCGGAGACGACGAGCGGCUCACGCGACGAAAAUCGCAAAAUUAUCGGAACGAUUUUGGAUCGAAUUCAGGCGGAGAAGCGCGAAAAGACGUCGUCGUCGUCGUCAAGAAAACGAAAAUCCAAAUAA